AUGCUGAUGCCCACUUACUUCCUGCUGCUUCUGCUGCUGCUCCUAGGGGGCCCAAGGACAAGCCUCUCCCACAAGUUCUACAACACAGGACCAGUCUUCAGCUGCCUCAACACAGCCCUGUCUGAGGUCAAGAAGAACAAGCUGGAGGAUGUGCCAGUGCUGAGCAAGAAGAACUUUGGCUACCUGCCCACACAAGACCCUUCGGGAGAAGAAGAGGAUGAACAAAAACACAUCAAGAACAAAAGAACUUUCUCAGACGCUGCGGGUGGGAAUGGAGCUAGAAGCAUCCGGUACAGAUACCAAUCCCAAGCACAGCCCAAAGGAAAGCUGUACCCGGACAAGGUCAAAAACGACCGGGGCACCAAGUUCACUCUGUCCCUCGACGUUCCCACUAACAUCAUGAAUAUCCUCUUCAACAUUGACAAGGCCAAGAAUUUGCGAGCCAAGGCAGCGGCCAAUGCUCAACUCAUGGCACAGAUUGGGAAAAAGAAAUAAAGCAAAAGCCAGGCAGGAGGGCGCCCCAUCGAGACAAGAGCCCCAGAAUAAAGGGUGAGGGAAACUGAGGACGUGCCCUCGAAUUGCAAAGGACGGACGGUCCGUUUUCACAGGCUGCUCCACUGCUGUGCCCCUCUGACCCUCUCCUGCUUCCAGCCUGUGCCCACAACGGAGGUUAACGUCUCUCCCCGUAUCUUGUGUUUGCUUUCUAGUUCCCUGUGGCAACAGACAAGUUCACACAGUGCCCCUCCUUUCCAAGUUCCUCCCUGAUGUCCCAUGUCUGAAGAGAGAGCACUCGGGCUCCCUCUUUGUUCUAUGUUGGUCUGUGCCUCGGCAGAGACACGGAGAAGCACAGCUCACCCUCUUGAUACCAAAUACCUCCCCUACUUCCUCUUCCGGAUUAAAGUCAGUGGCUUCUUGAA